AUGCCAAAACAACCUUUGCAGCCCACAGAAGAUGGUAGUGAAUCCUCCUCGUCGCAGUGUCGAAUAAAGGCGCCAGUCGGCCUUCAAAAUAUUGACCGAUUUUUGCGCCCUUCGGGACCAGCCAAUUCCUCAUCCGGUAAUGUCGACACUACAACACCCUCUUUAAAGUCUUUCAAAAAGCCAGCUGCACCUGUAGCACACCUUACCAAGACGGCUGGCGGGAACGCCGAAACGAAAAACACAUGCAAGCCUACUCUCAAUGCCAAACUUGCUCCUAAACGUUCCAUGCUAGAGAGAUACGCCGAAGACGUAGAUGAGGGCACAUUGGUCGUGAACAAUGUUGGGCUGGCGAAGAAGCUACGAAUUAGCCGAGAGUCUAGUCUCGCAGAUACUGAGCUUGCAUAUUCAGAGGAUGAGGACGAAUGGGUAGAACCAUAUGAUGACGAAUAUGUGAUCGCGCGAAUGGAUGGCGAACAAGAAGAGUUAUCCUAUGUCAACAUGUCACGUUUAUCCCAAAGUCAGUCAGAGCUGCUAUCAUAUUCAGCUGAAUCUAGUGGUAUGAGCCAAAAGUUACAGGGUUCAGAAGGUACGGUCGUCUAUAUUGUCGGGACGCAGAAGCAGACAUUUACGGGAGAGUCAGCAGCGUCGCACGGAAUAGAUUCGGCGCGGAGUGCUCGAAGUGCAUCCAAAAGGAACCAGGAGCAACAGCUGCAGGAUCAGGAGCACAUGAGGGAGUCGUAUCCGGCUGAUUCGGAUAACCACCGACAACUUGAGCAACGACACUACACGGACUAUAUGAUGACCAACAGUGCUCCAACACAGACUCAGCAUCACGAUCAUGUCAACAAUGCCACUAUGGACAACGAUACGAACGGAGCGCCGCAUAGCGAUGCCGAGAUGACCAUAGAAGAACGUUAUGGUCUCCAUGGUAUGACGGCCGACGACAUACGUCACAGGCUGAAAGGUGGUCAAACCGUUAGAAAUUGCUCAUUGUAUACCCCGCUUGACCGUAUGGAUGUUUUCACAGAGCUAGGACGCAAGAUGGCUAGUAAACUUGAAGACGUUAACAAGACGUUUGAGAAAAACGACACAUUUUACUCGACCGUACUAUCAGAGCUCUCUGCACACAAAGCUGUUCUGGCCAAGCAAGGGAAAGCUCUAGAAGAACGCCGUAAGAAUCUGGAGAAUCAUUUCUUUGGAUUUGAGAAAGCGGUUGGAGUCAAAUUGCGUUGA